UAGUACUAAAUACUGCGUUUCUUUUGUGCCAGGUACACAUUUGAGGUUGGACCAGUAUUCACUUUGAUCGAAGAUGCUCUGAUAAAGAAAUGCUUGGAGCUUUUCGGAUUUCCGGACGGAGACGGCAUUCUUUCGCCGGGAGGAUCUAUUUCCAACAUGUACGCCAUGGUGGCGGCACGAUUCAAGGCACUGCCGGAUGUCAAGCGAACGGGGCUGGCCGGUCAACCGACUCUUGUGGCGUUCACAUCGGAAGACGCACAUUAUAGUAUCAAAAAGGCCGUUCAUUGGUUAGGAAUAGGGAUGAACAACCUUGUGCUGGUCAAGACCGAUCCCAAGGGUCGAAUGAUACCGGAAGAACUGGAACGGUCCAUCAAUAUGGUUCUGGAAUCGGGAAAGAAGCCGUUUUUUGUUAACGCAACUGCCGGUACAACGGUGCUAGGAGCAUUUGAUCCAUUUCACGAGAUAGCCGAUGUCUGCAACAAGCACGACUUGUGGAUGCAUGUCGAUUCCUGCCUCGGAGGAACAGCUAUUUUGUCCAAAAACCAUGCCAGUAAGCUAUCGGGCGUAGAAAGAGCUCAGUCCCUGGCAUGGAAUCCUCAUAAAACUUUAGGAGCUCCAUUGCAGUGUUCUAUUUUCAUAAUCAAGCAGAAAGGGCUACUACAUGAGUGCAAUGCCGCCAAUGCCGAUUAUCUGUUUCAGCAGGACAAAUUCUACGAUAUCUCGUAUGAUACCGGAGAUAAAAGUGUUCAAUGUGGACGCAAGGUGGACGCUUUCAAAAUUUGGCUCAUGUUCAAAGCACGCGGCUCUUUGGGUUUGGCCAAUUUGGUGGAUAACGCAUUCGAAUGUGCCAGUUUGUUCACAGACGAAAUAAGAAAUAGAGACGGAUUCCGACUCGUUCUCGAGGAGUUUCAGUAUACUAAUGUGGCUUUCUGGUAUAUUCCCAAGUCCAUGAGAAACGAUCGGGAAAACGAGCAAUGGUGGGCGAAAAUUUAUAAGAUUACAACUCAAAUAAAGGAAAAAAUGGUUAUCGAUGGAAGUGUGCUGAUAGGCUACGUACCACUGCCCCAUAAAAAAAUAGGAAACUUUUUCCGGAUGGUAGUCACUUGUCAUCCUCGACCUUCAAUGAAGUCAAUGAUGUUUAUCAUAAACGAAAUUGAAAGGGUCGGCGAAUCUUUGCAGCAGUGAAAAAUAAAUUGAAACAACUUUUCUAUGCAAGUACAUAAAUUUUCAAAACGACUAUCGACGAGCUAGAAGUUGAACGUGGUAACAAAUAAAAUAAACGGAAAUAAUCGAAAUAAACU